UUGCUUUGGCCCGACGAUUGAUAAGUGUUCUCAGUGCAAGCACGAUCAACAACAAGAACUGAGCAACAACGACUUGGCUCCAUGCAUGAAGUUGACAGAACGUCGUCUGUCGGGGCGAAUGACUCGGCCACCUUUACGAGUGGAAGGAAAAUGCGAAGAGUUUGAAUGUCCUAAACAAGAGGUUACUUUGUGUGCAAUGCGAAGAGUCUAUGGUGUUUUGUCUACGGGUAUAUAUGCGUUAAGAGUUAUGCAGAGUUAUGCGUUAAGGGUGUUGGUCGCAAUAGCCUUGAAAUGGGAACGUGGUGAGGAGGAAG